CAUGCUUAUGGAAGGCUGUUUGUUCAAAAACUUCCUUCUGGCUACAGCUGCUUCAUGUUACACAUCUCUGAUUUAUACUGGCCUAGGUCAAGACAAAUGAUCACUGUGUAACUGCUGGGAAUUAGGUUAAUUCAGAUUAUUUUGCUAUAGGUUCUUGACUUGCAGACUUCUGUUUGAGCUCUCAGACAGGUUGCCUUCCAGACAAUUGCCUGGAUGAAAUUUUGGAGGCAGGUGUUAACUGUGGAAACUUACUUAGUAUUAAACUCACUUGUCUGUUGGAGAUGAUAUUUCUAUUUUUUUUUUUCUGGUCAUUGUCCUCCACAAAAGACCUAAUUGAAAAUAUCUGUCAAAUCAUGUCUCUGGUUUCCCUCUUCUUCCCCCACCCCCCCAUUAAUUGGACACGUAUUGUGUUUGUGUGGGAAGCAAGGAGGCUCUGUGGCAGGGCAGCAAUAUUGCUGGGAAAAGAACAUUAAAAUGGAUAAAGGGAUUUCCUAGUGGUAUAAAUACCUGCACACGACCUCCCUGUGCUCCGCAGCCCUCCUCUGCAUGUACAUCCAGGUAAAAUCCUGGAAGAGAGUUUGAGGUGCCAUUAAUCCUGCGGGAUCUGCUCUGGUAGGACACAGGACAGGCAGCUCUCUCGCCUCCUGGAGGGUAUGAGCUGCCAAGCGUUCGCUUCCUCAGACACCUUUGUGCCCUUGAGUUCUGACUCUUCUCCCUCUCUGCCUCUGAUAAUGCAUCACAGCGCUGCAGAGUGCCUGCAGGUCUCCAACCAUGCCACCAAUGUUGUGUCUACAGGCCUCCACUACUCCGUGCCCUCCUGUCACUAUGGGAAUCAGCCUUCCACCUACGGGGUGAUGGCAGGCAUCAAGCCUGCAACUCCAGAGAUGCUCUCAGCAAGCCUCUCCCAGACUCGCAUCUUACAGACCUGCAGCAUGCCCCACCCCAACGUGGUAAAUGGUGUCAGCACCUUGCAAAGUGGCCUGACGCCCUGCCUGUACAAGUUCCCGGAGCACGCGCUGAGCGCCAGCUCCUGCGCCCUGGGCCACGGCUUCGCGCCCAUGGCCCAGCCCCUGCUCACCGACGAGCCCGCCGCCGCCGACUUCAAGCAGGAGUUCCGCAGGAAGAGCAAGGCCGUGGAGGAGCCCGUGGACAUGGACUCCCCCGAAAUCAGGGAGCUGGAGAAGUUUGCCAACGAGUUCAAGCUGCGGAGGAUCAAGCUGGGUUACACACAAACCAACGUGGGAGAAGCGCUGGCUGCUGUGCACGGCUCUGAGUUCAGCCAGACCACCAUUUGCCGGUUUGAGAACCUGCAGCUGAGCUUCAAGAACGCCUGCAAGCUGAAAUCCAUCCUGUCCAAGUGGCUGGAGGAAGCAGAACAAGUGGGAGCUCUGUACAAUGAAAAAGUUGGAGUGAAUGAAAGGAAGAGGAAGCGCAGAACCACCAUAAGCAUCGCUGCCAAAGAAGCCCUAGAGAGGCACUUUGGAGAACAAAGUAAGCCGUCUUCUCAGGAAAUUAUGAGGAUGGCUGAGGGGCUCAAUCUUGAGAAGGAAGUCGUGAGAGUUUGGUUUUGCAACAGAAGCAGGGAGAAAAGAGUGAAGACCAGUUUACACCAGAAUGCUUUCAGUUCUAUUAUCAAGGAGCACCAUGAAUGCCGGUGAAGCUUUUCCACGCACAGAGGUGGAUUUCUGGUUUGAUUUUUUGUAAAUAUUGUAAAUACUGUGGUGUUUAAAAAAAAAAAAAAAAAAGAAAAAAGGAAAAAAAAUCAGUAAACCACUCGUUCCUCCUGCAAGCCACCAGCUUCAGACGCUGUUUGUGGAAGACCCAAUUUUAAUGUAAAAGGUUGAAAACUAAAUCCUGCAGUGUCUGUUUAAUGAGUUGGAGAUCCCUUCAAGGAACCCAUCACUUAUUGUUCAACUAGGAAUGCUUCCCAGAGUUCCCAGGCAGCUGCAGUUUCCCUGUGCUGUGCCUUCCUUGCCUCUGUGGUGCGAGUUAAGGACUGAAUGUGUGUGUGUUGUACAUUCAGAAAGGUUGCAAAGCUCGGUGCCAGCAGCUGUAGCACGGGAAGGAUUUUGCUGUCGUUAAUUAAGGCACUGUGAGCUCGCCAGGACAGAGGUGUCACCCUGCUCCUGCUGGGUACUCUGUCUCAGCCCAGCCUUUGACUGCCUUGAACUGGUGUCAGGGGGCUUAGAGGAUGUUUGUUACCAAAGGUAAUUCUUGCUAAUCUGUGAUGUGUCUCGAAGUCUGGUUUGGGUAGGCUGAGCUAUAAAAAUAGGAAUACAAUUUAUCUGACCUUAAGACUUUGUGGCCUGAGGGAAAGGGAAAUAAUUAUCAGGGUUUUAUCACAUUGGUCUUUCUCUGCCUUGUAGUUUCUUCAGAUUAAAACCAUGUGUGGACAUACUUAUACCAGAGAUGGUGUGUUAAGCUAAAAAGAAUACAAAAGAAGAAUUUAUUGCUCUGCACAUUCCCCCUCUAUUACACCCCACUAAUUGAGAAUAAACCCUUAUUUGUUAUCCUCUAGCCUAGACAUAAUCGAGAGAAAAUACCAGUGCCAGAGCUCCACCUAUCAGGCAGGCACUGAGAAAACAAUUAAUGACUGUAGUACUCAUCAGGGAUAGAUUAUCCAGCCAUCUCAUCAGCCCUGCUCAUUGUUAUGGGAAUUAGCCCAUUACCAUAUAAGUCUUUUGACUGUUUUCCCAGGACUGAAAUUAAGUGAGUACAUGCAAGUAGUGCUGGCCAGACACAUUCUAUUUUUCCAAAAAACAAACCUGAUGAUUUAGAAAAUGUCUAUAUAAUGGGCCCACAGAAAGCCAAAGGAGUUUAAUGUUCAAGACCACUUAGGAGCAGCAUGUACAAGUUAAGUGCUCACUCUCUAGUGUACAUUAAAUUAUCCCUGAUACUUAUUACAGUGACUCUAAGCAUAUUCAGCAAUGGAAAUCAGGCUCCUGGAUUUCUAAAAAAAAUACAUUUUUAUGGAUGAGUGCACCACUCUAAGCCCUUAACUGAGAAGAAAACUUCAAUUUAAUAACUCAAAGGGGAGAAACUGUGGCUAUGUACUCCCUUUAGGCUGCUCCCAUCCCCAGCACAGCUCACCCACUGUAGCAGAGACCAAGGUGCAUACUUAUAUCUAACACAGGUUAUCAGCAGGUCAUGAACUUUACAAAAAACGUUCAGCUGAGAGGAUCAACACUCAGCAAAGGUGGUGGCAUGCAUUGGUGUACCUGUCACGUGAUGUGGUCAAAUGUUAUGCAUAUUGAAAUUACUAUCUGAUAUAUAAAAAUUAUUUAUAUUCUAAAUUAUUUUCUUAAUUACAAAAGACUUCCUAGAAAUGCUAUCAGCCUGCACUUCCCAACCUUCUCAUCCAAUAAAG